CAGGAAGUAACGGAUACGAUUCCUCUUACUUGGGCAGCUUCUUCAUCUAGGGUCCCUGGCUUUAUCCCUUCUGGCUCAUGAUAGCAGAAACUCGAGGUUCUACACCCAUGCCUCGUUAUUUGAUGAUCACAGAACGUUCUAGGAUAUCCAGCAUCGUUUGGCCCGAUCCGCAUAUCAAUACUGUGGCCUAGCUCGACUCUCUCUGCUUCCCAUUCAUGGCUUAAGAUGGCAACUACUCCCUCUCACCGGCUUAGGCUGACGCCCGCGAACUCUCCUUUCCUACCGCGCCCUUCACGCUCUCCCCACCGCGGCCGAACCCAACAGCUAUACGACUCUCGACUCUCUUUGAAGCGGGUCAUUGGAACUACUUGCCUUUGCCCUACUGGUUUCGAUGCCGUUCAAUCUUCUUUUGCCUACGUUGCAGGCGGCGCAGUUGUGGUGGUCGAUGUGAACGGUGAUAGCUACGCACAGCGCUUCUUCCGGGCCCGCCCAACAGCAGUUCCCGUAUACAGCACUCCAUCUCCUACCUACUCUACAUCGUCACCGUCUACCCCAAAGGCCAACGACAGCCGGAACAGGAUCUCACUGCGAGAGUCUGUUUUCAGUCCCCCCAACGAUUGGGCAGAAUCACCAUCCACCAAGACAUGGACUAGUCGAGAGCGCAUCAAGGCCGCAACGUGCCUUGCCCUUAGCAAAGAAGGGAAAUUUCUCGCUGUAGGCGAAACGGGCUACGCUCCACGUGUGCUUAUUUACAGCUUGGAAGAUGAUUCAUCUGACUCUCCACUUGUUUCCAUUAGCGAACAUGCUUAUGGUGUGAAGGCAGUUGCAUGGUCUCCCGACUCUAAAUUUCUCGCUUCCCUCGGAUCAUCAAAUGAUGGGUUUCUCUAUGUAUGGAAAAUAGAUCCGAAAACCGGUGCAGCAAGGCUAUUCCAGCAAAAUAGGUGUACAACCUAUAUCAAAGGGAUGAUUUGGAUGGGUAACAAUCUUAUUACUCUAGGUGUACGCCAUGUGAAGGUCUGGCGCAUUGAUGAAGCGCAGGCAACUUCUCCCGUGAAACAGAAAUUCAUUGGGGAUAUGACCUCUAAUGCGCAACCGCAGAAAACGCUGCCUGGCAGAAACGUCUUACUGGGUAGUAUGAUCGAAGCUACAUUCUCGUGUGCUGCCACUAUCGACGAUACUAAGGCCAUUAUCUGCUCCGAGACUGGAGAUGUGUGUCUAUUGGACGAUCUUGGCAAGCAAACAAAGUUAACACAUCUCCUCGAAACUGGAUUUGUGACAACAUGCGUGGCUCUCCGUAAUGGACUCGUUUAUAUUGGAGGCAAAUCGGGUAAUCUAGCGACGAUUGAUUUAGAAUCCCUCUUGAAGGGUUCCAAUGAUUCUCUCCAGACGGCUACCGAAACUUUUGCCGGUGUUGGUAUUCUUGCGCUAGGAUUCGUUGAAGAUAAACUCAUCACAAUCGACAGCAAACGCUCUAUUGACAUCUGGAAUCAGGAUCACACACCAAGAACGUCAAAUGCUGACCCUAUAUCAGUACCCAUACCAGGAUGUGGAGACGCAGCUAUGGGGAUCGGGAGCCUCUCCCAGUCAAAUGUCACAGGCGCUCAGUUUUAUACCUGGUCGCAGUCAGGCUACGUGAUUCUAUGGUCUACCGACGGCACAAUCAAGUCAUCUUUCCAAGUACCUCUAGAUGAGGCCUGUUUUGAAGACGAGCCCGAAUUGGUCAAUCAUAUGGCAACAAUUCGUGCAACUAAAGAUGGUAAAUACUUCAUUGCCGGAGAUCGACUAGGAUUCGUUAAAGUAAUCGAUUUUGCCACUAAGGAAUGCGUGUCAUCUAUGAAAGCGCACUCCUCAGAUUGUCAAUUCAUCGCAAUAUAUGAGAACGAAUCUAGCCUUCUCAUUGCAUCAUGCGGUCGCGAUCGCACAGCGCAAUUAUUUCACCGGUUAUGCAAUGGUGAAUUCGAACAUUUCCAGACACUCGAGUUUGCUGCCAGAGUCUCCCAAGUUUUGAUACCCUCUACAGAUAAAGUCAUCACCUGCUCACUAGACAGGGCAGUGCAGAUUCAUGACCUAGUAACGAAAGAAGGCGACCCAGACAUCAUGGCGGCCAUCCCUUCUCGAACACUCGCUAUAAAAGCGUCACCGAUAUCCAUGGCUAUGGGGCCUGAUGGGAAAACUCUCUACGUAUCUCAGGUUGAGCGAUCUGUAUCCAUGUUCGAUCUGAUCACUGGAAAGCUCCUGAAGUCUUUCAAAUGUUUUGACGAAAGUGGUGCGGAUCCUGUGAUCCUAGAUUCCUUAACAACUAGAGCCGGCACCGAAAAAGAACCAGCGUUUCUCCUCGGUCUCUCCAAUACAGAUAAAUCAAUUAGGAUUUAUGAUAUACAAGGCCAAUUCCUAGCUCGAGAAUGGGGACAUACAGAGGCGAUACAUGGUGUAGCCAUGAUCGAGGAGGACGAUGCCAACCGAAAGGCUGUAAGUGUUGGAUCCGAUGGGACUAUUAUGAUUUGGGAAAUAGACCUGCAAGACCGGGGACUGGGAUCUUCUAGUCGCGAUUCCUCCCCUGCUAAGGAGGCUACUACUCCCAUCAACCAACCAACACUACGACGCGUUUUGUCUAGAACGGAACUGGCAGAGUUUCAACGCCCUGCAUCCGCAGCCGGUGGUCGUAGAUCACCGCCGAGAACACUAUCCAAGAGGCGAUCCCUAUUCUUGGGGAACUACAUGUCUCCGGCAGCUUCGAAAACCCCUGUAGCUGGACAACCAUCAAGCCCAGCUCCGGUCAUCGCUGAAGACACCCCCUCACGACGACCAUCAGGCACACCGGCUGGUAGUCCCCCAGUCAGCCCUAGGGCUAGGACUAAACGACGCCCUUCCGUGCCGGCAUUGAAUUCGGCAAAGACUAAGAGCAACGGCAGCCUCAGGUCAUAUGGAACACUCAACAAGUCCACUGAACAAACUAGUCGGACUUUGCGGGCUUAUCGGAAGAAGUUGGCUUCGACUGAUCCCAUUAGCCAGGAAACACUAGCUGAACUUGAUCAAGAACUUCGACUUACGGCAGUUGCUCUUGGUGAUCGAGCAACACGAAGUAAAGCAAUGAGUGACACCAUGCUUAAUGGUCUGCUGGAUCAGUACUCAGAACGACUGGUGUCACUUCUCGAUGAGAAACUGCGUCUCGGAAAAUACCGACGGCCGUCCGAUCCGGAGACGGAUUCUACCGAUAAACGUCCUAGCUCAUCGGGGACAGGGUCUAGCAGCACCUCAACAUAGAUCCCCACAAUCGUUUCACUUUCAUAUUUGUCUUUUGUAUAUUUGACAAGGAGCUGUGAAUAAAACUGUACAGAUAACUAUGGGUCGUGGUGUCAACGGGGAUCAAGCGGAAUAGGUUUAGAGGGGGUUAUCGCAAGGUUCAUCAUCGGCGAACCGUGUCAGGAGUCUAGGACUGCUCCUUUUCCUUACAUAUCUUCUUAUCAUCAUUACUUACUUACUGGUAGCAUCUGUCUGGGGGAAAACAGACAAAAAGGCGGCGUUAUUGAUUUAUCAUUGAUUGGGAAAGGGGGGUCAGGCAAAAACUGAUUACUUUUAAUCAUAUGAUACCAUUCAUCUAUUUUCCGGAGUGGGCAGGGAAACACUGGCGUUCAAGAGGGUUUACACACACCAACCAGGCUACACAUUCCCUUAGAUGGAUGGUUAGUCGAGCAUUCUGCAUUUAUUUGGGCUUGAUUCCAGUCCCCUGUAUCAUAUGGUAGACUCGGAAUAAUCUAUUACUAUUGAUAGAUGCGCUGAAUAUUGAGUAUUACAAGGAGUGUUGGUUUUAUUGCGUUUACUAUCUUCGUCUGAGAUAAACAAUA